CCUCGAACAUAAUCGGGACUGGGGGAGUCAGGUCUCGCCGGCAUCGUCACUCCGUAUCGCGGCUCCGACUCGUCGGAAUCGUCCGCAUUCACCUUGGUCAGGCGCAGCCGAGUUGGUCCCUCGUCUGGCGCUCCGUUUCGCCGUCGCGUCUCGUUGCGGAGCACAUGGACCCGGGAGAUCAUCCCUGCGCAGGUUGAACGUUCCUCCGAGUGUCAACGGUUGAGGGCGUGGGAUGAUCGGUCCUCAAAUUGUCCUACGACUCGCGGAGUGACCUGUGGGACUGUUCUAGUGCGGGUGUUUCUCGAUCGUCGUCAGACAUCGCAGUGCGCCGGGGCGAUAUGGACCGCGAAUCACGAGUCACUGGACUGUCACCGAUGACAAUAGCGGACCUCAGUGCUGAUUUGUGAAGUGGCAUGGGUGUUGCUCGCGGAUGAUAAUAAUAAUUCGCGGAGACACUGUCGUCGACCCGAUGAAGGAGAUGCACUCGUGAAGGGCUCCUCCCUCGACUAUCCUAAGUUCACGGAGGAAUUCACCCUCCUCCUUUCCCUCUACGUCUCUAGUGUGAUAUCGGGAGUGUCGCGGGAGUAACGCCAGGGAGAAAGAGAGAGAGAUAGAUAGAGAGAAAGAGAAGAGAGGACGAGGGUGAACGCGCGGUAGAGGUGGAAGGAAGAGAGAACCCGAGCCACAGCGGACGCCAUCUCCGCGUUAUCGGCAAGCGGAUCCCUCGGGACUCCCCCCCGAGCAACAUCGGCGUCGCGCACCCUCAGCGGGAACUACCCCGCGACAGCGGCCACCCUGAUGGGAGUGUAUGAGGAGCGCGCCCCUCCUACCACCGGCAUGCACUGGCAGCCGCCCAGCACGCAGGAGCGUGGCAGCGGCUUGGCUGUGGGGCGCCAAGGGGGACCAGGUAACGCGGGGGGACCCGGUGCGGUGGACCAGGCGCGAGAUCUGAGCCCCUGCCUCCCCGCGUCGAUGGGCGAUGCCGCGCGACCGACCACUCUACCGUGCAGCCCUCCCGCCGCCCAUCAUCACGGGCCCCUGCAUCAGACCCACUGCGGUACCAACAACAACUGCUACGACAGUUCGACCACCCCUUAUGAGUCGCGGGACUACGAUUCUCCCGGAGCGGGUGGACCGGAGUACAGGGGUGGCAACUUUGAGAACGCCAACGACCUGAGCAUGCCAUCGCAGACGGCGCACCAUCACCAUCAUCAUCAUCACCACCAUCAUCCCCAUCUGCAGACGCAGGAGCAGCAGACGACGACGGAGCAUUUGCACGCCGUCCCCAAGCUCGAGCCGCCGCCCACCCCGCCCGCGCAAUCCGAGGACGUUCCCGGGGUGGUUUGCGCAGGGUGCGGCCUCAGGAUAUCCGACAGGUUCUAUCUUCAGGCGGUUGACAGGCGGUGGCACGCCGCGUGUCUCCAAUGCUCGCACUGCCGUCAGGGUCUCGACGGGGAGAUCACGUGCUUCAGCCGUGACGGCAACAUCUAUUGCAAGAAGGACUAUUAUCGGAUGUUCGGCAGCAUGAAGCGGUGCGCGCGCUGCCAGGCGGCGAUCCUGGCCUCGGAGCUGGUGAUGCGCGCGCGCGAGCUCGUGUUCCACGUGCGCUGCUUCUCGUGCGCGGCGUGCGCGGUGCCCUUGACGAAGGGCGACCACUUCGGGAUGCGGGAGGGCGCCGUGCUGUGCCGGCUGCACUACGAGAUGGGCGCCGAGCUGCAUCCGGCCCAGAGCCCGCCGGUCCCGGUCUACCCGCCCGGCCCGCACUACCCCGGCCAGCCCUUCCCCUCGCCCGAGUUCCUCCACCAUCAUCCCCAUCAUCAUCAUCACCACCACGCGCCGCCGCACCCGCAUCACUCGAUGCACCCCCAGCACCCGCACGUCAGCCCGGUGUCGCUGCAGCCCUCGACGCCCACGGUGCCCGACGCGUCCUCGCCUCCCAAGGUGCCCUACUUUAACGGCGCCGCCGCCGUAGUCCCGCCGCCCAGGCAGAAGGGUAGGCCCAGGAAGAGGAAGCCCAAGGAUCUGGAGGCCAUGACCGCGAGCCUCGAUUUAAACGCGGAUUAUAUCGAUAUGCCCUUCGGCAGAGGAGGUCCUGGGACUCCAGGCAUGCCCGGCUCCAACAGCAGAACGAAGCGUAUGAGAACGAGUUUCAAGCAUCACCAGUUAAGGACGAUGAAGAGCUACUUCGCGCUCAAUCACAAUCCCGACGCGAAGGAUCUCAAGCAGCUUUCUCAGAAAACUGGCCUGCCGAAAAGGGUGUUGCAGGUCUGGUUCCAGAACGCGCGGGCGAAAUGGCGGCGUAUGUCGCUGAAGCAGGAGGGCAAGAUGGACAAGUGCGAUGGCGGGGUGGACGGCGGCAACCUCGGCGACCUUGAGCUCUACGGGAACUGCGCCGGAAGUGGCGGGCCGCCGAUGAGCCCGCCCUUUAUGCUCGGCGGUCCUCACAGUCCGGCGUCCCUGGCGUCCCUGGACUGCGCGUGAUCUUCGAGGUCCAGGUCCUCGAGGUUCGUCAUCUCCGACUAGCGUCACGACGCGAUUCGUCAUCGCGAUUCUGGGUCGACGUCGACGUCGUGGACGGUUUCUCGCGCGAGCGAAAGCGCCCGAUUGUAUUAUUAAUCGGCGAAUCACGUAGAGGACGACUCAUCUCGCGAUGUCGAGCGGCUCGAAACGGAAACGGACGAUUAGCGGAGAAUCGAACGAGGAGUUUCCCUUCGAUGAUUCGAAACUGAUGAGAAGACUCCAUUUUUCCUCGUCAUCCAGCGACUCUCGAGAAGCUCGCUUCGGUACGAACAGCUGAUCGAGACGACGUGAAAUCGAUGGACGUGAAUAUGAUCGACGCGUGCGUGGAUCCGUUUAAUUGAUAAAAUCGUUGUAUUUAUUGUAGCUCGAAUUUCGCGCGGCGCUCCGUCGCAGAACACUAAAGUUGUUCGUUGAAGGCAAUGUAAUUAGUAAACGAGAUCUAUUUAUUCGUCUAAGUGUAAUUAAGGGUCGCGAACAUUACCAGUGCUGUGAAAAUCCAGCGUUUCGUGAGUUCUCGAGGAAUCGUCGACGUUUUUCAGGACAUCAUUUGCUUCAUCAUUUUUCCGAGGAUACAAUCGAUCGCUAUUAUUGAAUGUUGACGAAUCAAUUUAUUAAUUGCAUAUAUUGGAGUUGUCAGCAUUAUUGAUUUUUCUAACAAUAUAUAUGCUGUAUAUAACACAUAUAUAUUUUUUUCUUUUUUUUUUUUUUCAUUCUUGUUGCAAGUUUUCGACAAAACUGACUCCUGUUGAUUGACAUGAUGAAAUGUGCAUUUUAUUUUUGCGUUGUUUCCUUUCGAAAAAGACAUUACAGCUCCAAGAUUAAUUGACGCUCUAUCGAAUGCGCGAGAACGAAACGCUGGACUUUGACGAAGAUAAUAAAUAUUAAUUAUUUAUAAAACACGCGAGCUGCGAAUGCGCGUUAUCGUAAUUGUAUAUUAUUGCUCAAGACGGCGACAGAUCCCGAGAUAAAUCCACGGUUCGACCCUGUUACUGUAAAUAAAGGAUGUUCCUCCUCGCAUGUAUGUAUGUGUAUAAAAUAUGUACACACACACGCGCGUUUCUUAAGACACCGUUAUAGGUUGUAGGGCCCUAUUAAUUGCAUUCAGUCGUGUGGCUUCUUUACUAGGCGAGAGGUAAUAAUAGCAAUGACGAUACGCAGGAUUACUGUUAUUAUUCCUCCUUGUAACGAUGCGGAAGGAUUGUCCGACUCUUUUGCAACAUCAUUUUUUCAUCGAAUAUAUUUUGACGAUAUACGUUGCGUAUGUGUCUUUCCCAUCAUAUACAUAUCCCACUUCCUUCCCUCUCGAGUGUUCUUCAAAAAACUGGA